UGGCGAAGCAUUGCAGAUGUUGUGCAUGUGUGUGGCAUGUCUAGUCAUGCUGAAUAAACUUGUGCUGGUGUAACACAUUCCCACAAAAUUCCAAAAUCUAAAGGUUUGUUUUGUAGUCAGGUUGGUGUUGGUAGGGGAUAUGCUUUAAAAUGACUCAUAGUUUGAGAGUAACACAUUUCUGAGCAGCACAAAAAGCCAUGACGACAAAUGUUGUGAGGUGUGUCUUCAGGAUACCAUUCUGAUAUUUAAUAUAGUGAUAUUGUGAAAUUUUGGAAUGAAGUAAAAAAUGUAUUUCCACUACAGGCUGACAUAUUUACCUUUCACUGUAUAUUACAUCAGACAUAAGGAUGCAUCACUGCUUUUCCACAUUUCUCUUCCGCUCCCAGACAGUUAAUUUGUCCGCUGUGAUGCAACACCCUCCCCAUUCCCUCUUCCCUCUCCUCUCCAAACCUUUUCAGUGUGAUUCUAUGUUCAUUUGGGAAUCACAGCCAGAGAACACCCGGGCCAUUCUCUCACUCACCCCCUCCUUUAUUCAUUAACCAUUGGAUAGGUGUCUCAUUCCCUGCCUCCUCAUUAUAUUCCCUUUCAAAUCCUCUGGAAUGCCACUUCCAGAGUCCACUUCAUGUGACAUCAUAUCCUGUGAACCUGCUAUUUCAUCGGCUGCCAGAGCUAUGCAGUUUCAGGAUUGGUUACGUUCCUUGCGUUUCACUGGAGGAGAUGGCAAGUCUGAAAUGGACAAUCUGAAGACGCUCCUUCCGUCUCUGCCCACGUCCUUCUCUCUGUCCUCUCUCUCCCUUUCUCCGUCCUCUAUCAUAGGCUUAGGAGCGCUAGCCUCUCUCACAACCUACUGGCUGGUGACCAGACCUCGACCAACCCAGCCUCCAUGUGACCUACAGGCUCAGUCCAUACCUGUGCAGGGAGAUCAGAGCUGUAGACGCUCCGCUUUACUGACGGAUGACAAUCUGCUGGAGUUUUACUAUGAGGACACAAAGACAGUGUACGACAUGUUCCAGAGAGGACUGCAGAUAGCAGGCAAUGGUCCUUGUCUUGGCUUCAGGAAUCCCGGAGAGCCCUAUCAGUGGAUCUCUUACACUGAGGUCUCAGAAAGGGCACAGGUGUUGGGAUCAGGUUUGCUGGCGAAGGGUUGCAAACCAAACCCACAGCAGUUUGUGGGCAUCUUUGCUCAAAACAGACCAGAGUGGGUCAUUGCAGAGCUGGCCUGUUACACCUUCUCUAUGGCUCUGGUGCCUCUGUACGAUACUCUUGGAUUAGAGGCUAUGGUUCACAUCCUUAACCUGGCGGAGAUCUCUAUGGUGAUCUGUGAUAAGGAGGAUAAGGCAGAAUCUCUAUCAAAAAAAAAAGAGAAUGAAUCCACCCCCCCCCUCUCCUGUCCUUUUAACCCCUUCAGCGCUGCUCUGCUGGAGAGAGGAAGGAAGUGCGGUGUGGAGAUACUACAGCUGUCACAGAUUAUGGAUCUAGGAAGAGAAAAUUUAAAGCCACCUGUGCCUCCUAAACCUCAGGACCUGGCUGUGGUGUGUUUCACCAGUGGGACCACAGGAAAGCCUAAAGGAGCCAUGAUCACUCACGGCAACAUCGCCUCCAACACCUCCUCUGUCAUCAAGAUCCUUGAGGGCUACUUUGUGAUUCGUCAGGAGGAUGUGUCCAUCUCCUAUCUGCCACUCGCUCACAUGUUUGAGCGUAUGAUCCAGGUGUCGAUGUUUUGUCAUGGAGCAAGGGUUGGUUUUUACCAGGGUGACAUCUCUCUGCUGAUGGAUGACAUAAAGACCCUGAAGCCCACCUUCUUCCCCGUGGUUCCUCGAUUACUCAACCGCAUCUAUGAUAAAAUUGUGGGCUCGGUUACGUCUCCGCUGAGGAGAGCCCUUCUUCAUUACGCCGUGAGGAGGAAACAGGCCGAGCUGAGCAGUGGAGUCGUGAGGAACAACAGCGUGUGGGACCGACUGAUCUUCAAUAAGAUACAGGCCAGUCUGGGUGGAAACCUGCGAUUCAUCCUCACUGCAUCCGCUCCGAUCUCUCCGACUGUCCUGUCCUUCCUCAGAGCCACCCUCGGCUGUCUGAUUUUCGAGGGUUAUGGACAGACGGAGUGCACUGCAGGAUGUACCUUUUCUAUGCCUGGUGACUGGAGUGCAGGUCAUGUCGGCGCUCCUUUACCCUGUGCUAUGGUGAAAUUAACCGACAUCCCUGACAUGAACUACUACGCCAAGAAUGGAGAAGGAGAGAUCUGUAUCCGGGGUCACAGCGUCUUCCGAGGGUAUCUGAAGGAUGAGGAGAGGACGGGAGAGGCGCUGGACGCUGAUGGCUGGCUUCACACUGGAGAUGUGGGACAGUGGCUGCCGAACGGGACUUUGCGCAUUGUGGACAGGAAGAAGCACAUCUUUAAGCUGUCCCAGGGCGAGUACAUUGCUCCUGAGAAGAUCGAGAACGUCUACACUCGCUGUGUUCCUGUUCUCCAGGUCUUUGUGCACGGAGAUAGUCUACAAUCUUAUCUGAUAGGAGUUGUAGUUCCAGACCCGGAGGUGUUUGUCGACUGGGCCAAAGAAAGAGGGAUCGUUGGGUCAUAUGAAGAGCUUUGUCAAAAUCCUGAUGUGAAGAAAGCCGUGCUGGAGGACAUGACGGCAGUGGGGAAGGAGGCAGGACUGAAGUCAUUUGAGCAGGUGAAGGACUUAUAUUUGCACCCUGACAUGUUUAGCGUGUCAAACGGCCUCCUCACGCCGACCCUGAAGAGCAGGCGUGUGGAUCUCAGGCGAGUCUUCAGCGAGCAGAUCGCACGGAUGUACAGGAAAUCAUCCGUAUAGACCACAUCACAUUUACAAAGCCAUUUUCUCUAAAACAGUAGAACUAACUUAAGCCAGAUGCUACUGACAGGAAACUGUUCUCCAUAAUUUAUGAUAAAUCAUCUCGAAGACUCAAGUCAUGUAGGGAUCUAGAUUGUGACAGACACUCCAUCCUAAUACAUAGUUCAGGAAUAUUUAGUUGCAUCUUCCAAGAUUUGGGAACUGAGGAACUUAUUUUAAUGAAUAGUCUUACGAUCAGCGUCUUAGAUAUUUUACAGUUUUGUAAAGAACAAUCUGUAUGAAUUGUAAUGCUUUGUUUCAUUUGUUGUGUCGACAGAUGAAAUGACUGUUGGACAGUCUGUAAAUGAGUGUUUUCAAAUGUAAAUGUUUGACUAAUUGCAGCUGAUAGAGAUUUUACUGUAUUUUACUGACUGAUGCCUUAUUACAGUUUUUCUUUUUCAUACCAAUCACAGCUCUAACUGUUGUUGAAGCACAGAUCUGAUUGGUUCAUGUGGAUGUCACUCAGGAAACUUUGUACUAUGGUGAAAGGCAUUAGGAUGUUGAUCUGUUGCUUACAAGAAAACCUUACUGGUUCAUUCCAGAGUAAAUCACAAUCCUGCCCAGACUACAAUACGUGCACUAGACGUCAUUUUGGAUGAAAAAGGCGAGAUAAAUGAGUUGAUUUCAAUUAAAAUCAAGAAUUUUCAGACACUGAAUAUCCACAACCAAUUUACUGUAAGAAUGUUUGACAGGUUAACACAACAGCAAACAAUUUGUUUAAAGGAAAACAAUUUUACAGACGAAAAAUGCACACAUUUUUGGGAAUCGUAAGGCUGUGGUCCAGAAAAUUCUGUGGUUUUCGAUUAUUUCAGAAGUCAAACAUGCAUUUAUUUUAAAAGCAAAGCAGUAAAAACGUUGUAUAAUGCUUACAUUAAGUUGCUUGGUAGAGAAAGGCACUGAAUUUGCUUACACUGGACUAUAGUGAACAACAUUUUAAAUAAUGUCAAACCGAACCAAUAAUCUUUUGUUUAUACAAUUAAGGCUUUUCCAGUUUAAAAACUUCACUACAUCGUGAUUGUCAGUAACUGAUGCUAUUCACAUCAACGAGAUGAAAAUGUGUGGCUUAAAUAAUUGGCCCUUGUGUAUUAUGGCUGUAAGACUACUGGUUAAUGUAUAUAAACCGGUCUUUCCUUCAUUACAAACACAAUGAGCACAAACACAGGUCAGACACAAAAACUGUAAAAUGUUUCACGUGUGUCAGUAGAGGGAGGCAGAGUAUCAUUUAGAUGCAUGUAUUUCAUCACAGAAUCCACACCAGACUAACAUGAUUUCUGUUACCUGACGAUCGCACUGUAACAUUUUUCCAACAAUUCUCUGCACUAUUCCAGUGUUACACUGUUUUCUGAAGAUACUGUAAAAGCAUAAAAAAGCUAAAGAACAUACUAUUGUAGUGUUUGAAUGCUACAGAAAACAUAAAAUGUAUAAAAAACUAAGCUUUAGCGUAUUAUGGUUUGAAUAUUAAUUUAGCCUGUGGUCAAUGGGAAAGCUUUAGGAUACACAUGUAAAUGAUCUGUUAAAAAUUCAAUUGUUGGUCAGUUAUAGUGACUGUAAUAACGAAAAGAAAAGACAAGACUAGAAAAACCAAAACACAGGAAGUCUGAUCAACAGAAAGUGACUGGAAAAAAAGAAAAGGUAAUUAAUUCCAGCUGAGAAUCUAAACUUCACGUUAAUAUGAGAAUCUGAACAUGUUUAAAAAUUCCCGUUAAAAGGUUUUACUGUAUCGUUGGUGUUUUCUGAUGGCUUCAUCUAACAACAAGAUAUUCAAAACAAGACUUCUACACCAUCAA